AAUGAACUGGCAUCUCUGCUUUGACAGCAAACUGCUGAUUUCGCGUGAGGUUAUCGGGAAAAUGUUCUGUAGUUUUGAAGAGUUAAUUACAAACAGUUGAUUAUAAAAACAAGUAAAAUGUUGCGGUCGUAUUUUCGUGAAAAUGUUCGGUUUACGUUGCGUGGUGUUUGCCGAUGCUUAUCUACGCGAGCCCUUACAAAGCGUAUCGGCGAAUACUCCGAUCAACCUGAGUACCCUGCCAUUCAAGAUUUAAGUUUCAAGGAGAAGAAAAAACGUGAAUUUGAAUCCUGGCAUGACAAGAUAAAGCUGCUCAGCAGCGUAGAGGAAAAAUUGUUCGAAAUCAACAUGCCCAAAUAUUACGGGUAUAAGACUCACAUGAUUACCGAUCAAAAAUUUCCUUACAAUGUUCUUCCACUGGCACAGUACGCUACAAGAACUAAUUUUAUCGAAGAAUUUUUACCGGAUGCAUUUGAAAAACUCACCGAGGAUUCAAAAAUUAUUCUACAAACCCUUCGUGGAGAGCUAGAGGACAUUAUUGGCUUUGAAUUGGGCGGUUACAAACGCUUAGAUAAUAACAUGUCACCCGAAGAACGCGAGGAAAUGAUUACUUCAUCUUUUGUAAAAGGACUUCAUAGAGUAUUGAUCAACCACCUAUCUAAUCAGUACGGUCACUUAAAUGAAAUAGAAGUAGAUUUCUAUCCUAGACAUGAAGCCUUCUGGUUUCUGGGUGGUAUUUCGCCUCCUCCUUUGGUUCGAAAAAUUAAAGAAGGCGUUGAAUGGCAAAAACCAUAUGCAAAUGAUCCCUACGAUAGAAACUUGCAGUAUAUAGGCAGGCCUUAUUUAGCACUACGGCAUAAACAUCCACUAGAGCCACUUGCUUAUGUAAAUUUGGACAAUCUCGAUAUCAAACAGGACCAAAUCGAGAUUCCACAAUUCAAAUAUGAUCCGCUCACACUUGGUUAUCAUACAGAACAACGUCAUGCAACUACAAUACCGGGAUUCUGGCCCGGGGAAUUGCAUGAAUUUGGAACAAUUUCGUUCCAGCGCCGAAGUCAUACUUUGUUACGUCAUACUUAUAGUGUUACAGAUGACCUGCAGGAAGCUAUUCAUUCACAAGCUAUUUUCGCUAGUUUCGCUUGGUUACUAGGUCAAGCUUGCUACCAAGGCUUCUCUGUGUUUAACGAUUUAACUUAUCCGUUAACUACGCAAACUAUCAUAACGAAUGGGAAAAAGUGGUCUUUCUAUGCGUAUCAGCUAAACACAACACUAUUACAUUCGGAUCAAGUGGAUAUAAACCCGCGUUAUAACAUCUGCUGGGGAACGAAAGAGUUGGAGCUAUUUGACCACGUAGAUGAUACAGGAAAAAUACACGGUCUCAACGAGGACGUUUUGGCUCGAUUGAUUACGUUUUAUAUUAACACACCGAAGAUUCGCGAAGGCGUUAAUCUAAAGCCGUAUCUAUGCAAAACUGAAACCCGAGUCGCAAAUAUUCUGGACGAGAAGCGACGUGUUUUUAUGGAGCAGACAUAUAAACACCGAGCCUCGAAUCGUCCUCGGCAUCGGCCGGUUCCGGAAUUGUAUCUAUGGGAAAAGUUCUAUAAAGUAGAUAACAACACGCGUGCCAUGGAACCGAAGCGACGACCGUUCGAGCUAGACAAAAAUAUGUAUAAACGUCGAAUGGACGAACACGCACUUGAAUAUAUUCCACGCCGUGAACGUCCAGGAGGUCCUAAAAGUAAACCGAAAUUCGAAACUACAUACUAUCCCAACGUGAGACGAUAGACAUAGGCGGGAGUGAUAGUUUACAAAUAGCUUAAAAUAAACAGUUGUACGGAAAAAUGAAUGCUAUGAGACAAACUUUUUUUUAAAGGAACAUUAUAUCAAAAUUUUGUGUAAAAUAAUUUAGUACAUAGAUUUCUACCCAAAAAUCAA